GUGGUCGAUAAUAUCGUCCUCGCAGCGACGGACAGUAGAAGAGAGACACAGCGGUUUCAUCGCUUUCGUUACCCUUGGUAGUAGAAAGCAGCUCAUUAUCCAUCUUUGAAUUAUCCAAACCAUCACCAUGGUGAGUAUCGAUAGAAGAUUAGCGAAAGAUAGGAUGCCCUAUGAAUGGCAACAUGACAAACCGACGGCUUGACGCCAGAUUCUUUUCUUUAUUGUCUCAUCUCUUGUGCCGCUUAUUCUCCAGACUUUCAUUCAAGAGGGACGCACGAAGGCUUACUUUUCUCGGUACCAGGUCAAGUUCCGACGUCGACGCGAGGGUAAGACCGACUAUCGUGCACGAAAGCGAUUGUGUGCCCAGGACAAGAACAAGUACCAGUCCCCCAAGUACCGACUUGUCGUUCGAUUCACCAACACCAAGGUGAUCUGCCAAAUCGCUUACGCUCUCGUCGAUGGUGAUCGCAUUCUCUGCCAGGCCCAGUCCACCGAGCUCGGCCGGUACGGACUCACCGUUGGUUUGAAGAACUACGCCGCCGCAUACUGCACCGGUCUUCUCUGUGCCCGUCGUCUGCUCCAAAAGGUCGGACUCGAUGAGAUCUACGAGGGAAACACCGAGGUAGACGGCGAGGUCGUUUCGACCGAGUACGACAAGAAGACCUACUUUGUCGAGGAAGUUGAUGAUGACAAGCGCCCCUUCCGCGCGUUGUUGGAUGUCGGUUGCAAGCCCACCACCACUGGUCACCGUCUCUUUGGAGCUCUCAAGGGAGCCGCUGAUGGUGGCUUGGAUGUUCCCCACUCCGAGAAGCGAUUCCCUGGAUACGACCGCGACGCUAAGGAAUACGAUUCCGACAUGCACCGAGAACGUAUCUUUGGAGGUCACGUCAGCGAGUACAUGGAAUACCUCGAGGAGGAAGAUAACCAAAAGUACAAGGAACACUUUGCCAAGUACAUCGAGGCCGACGUUGAGGGUGACAGCCUCGAAGAACUCUACGAGUCCGUCCACGAGGCGAUCCGUGAGGAUCCUUCCCCAUCGGAGAAGAAGGACUUCAGCCCCGACAAGUCCUUCAAGCGACCCGCCAAGCUUACGUACGACGAGCGCAAGGCUGCAGUAGCCGCCAAGAAGGCAGCCAAGGUCGCGGAACUCGAGGCCGAGGAUUCCGAAUAAACUUUCUGACUUGUUGCUUAAGACACUUGUUAACCCCCUUUGUUAUAAUAAUUAUGCUACUAGUAU